AGAUAUGAAGAGUGAAAGAGAGGGGAAACGAUAUUCCCUGCCCUCACCGCUACAGUCCUGCGGCUGACGGCAGCGCCGAACAUUCUCACUUGGAGAGAACAGCUUGUCAGUGGGAGGUAACCUACAUGAUGCCCCCCUCGUGCACUUAUCAAUUCAGUGUCCAUCCGUGCUGCUGCGCCGUACGUUUUAUUUGGGUACGUAAAUGCCUAGCGCACUGAGGUACUGUAAAGCGCACCGAUGGAUGCAGCCUGCGUGCGCGUUUUGGAACGGGGUAAUUUGUGAUCACAUCUGAAGCAGCUUAAAACACACUGCAGUGGGCAGAAAAGAAGACGGGGCUUGGACGAGCAGCAGUCUGUGGAUAAUAAGCCCUUUGUAAUUCCUUACCCCCGUGUGUGUCACAUCAAUGGAUAGGCGAGGCUUGAAUUGCCGAAAUGCAUAGAUGGAAGUGAUGACUGCCUUCGGUGAACUAUAACUCCCGUCCAGACAGCGUGAAUGAAGGCUCGACGCGGACAACAUGUAAGAAUUGAGCCUUUGGUGUACAACUAAGACUCCUCACUCUUGAAGUCGCUACCUGUAUUUCUGAUGUGGGCUUAAAGGCUUCUUGAGGAUACCUGCUGGAUUUUUUUUCAUUCGGUGUUGCAUCCCAGAUUAACGCAUUAUUCCUCUCGAAAAUGGAGAACGGAGUAACCCUGAAGAGACGAGAGAGAUAUUGUGUAUUCUCGACAACUUUAUAAAUUCUCCAAUACAUAGGAUACCUAUUCACUCACUGAACUGCGGGGCUUCUAUCAUCGACAUAACCAGGAGGGAAAAUAGAAAUAAGCAUCUUGAAGUCCGCACUGGGUUGUGAGGUGAAAUCUAAUCAGAUGCAGCAGGGUUGUUGACUGUAAUAGGGACUUGAAGAAAAGUUACGUUUGAAAACGACAUAAGCCCACCUCUGCCCCUCAAUGUAUGGAUGACGGUCUGUCAUACAGUCUAAUUUCAGGAUUUAUCUAUCUGGGAAUUGACCACAUGAGGUUUUCCGUGCUGUACAUGUUGUGGAGAGUUUACUUUUUUAACAUUUAGGCUAGUUUAGAUCUGAGAGAAAAUAAAAACAGUGUGACUUCAAUUUCACCUAACUCAUCAUUUGGAGAAAACCUGGGAUCACAUCGAUUUACAUCGGGAGAGUAGUUCCAACAAUGGCACUUGUCUCCGUGUUAUGUGCGUCCUGAACAAAAAGAGGAAAUAUCGGAUGCAUUAUCAUCACUGUGAGAGUUAAUAUCAUGUUCAUUCAGACUGAUGUGUGGAUUACAUACCACGUCGUUUUGAGAGUGGGAGCACAAUGUGUCUGACAAGAAGACAUCACCACGGAUUCGGCCAAAUCGCCUGAGAAUUGCGGAUGUUUUAUCGAUGCAGUUUUUGGGGAGAGAGCGGGAGAGGGACCGUUCUCCGUCUAAAGCAGAGACCCUGCAGACCUCGGCGUCUUCGUGAACAAGGACAGCUUUAUGGUGGAUUGGAAGUUAACAUGAGGAUGACCAGAACCCCUUGGAACUUUGAUUGAAUUGGCAGUGAGCCCAAAUCCUCAUUCCAAAGAGUGGAAGACCAGUCAAUGAAUUAUGAAUGUUAAACAAGAUGACCUCCUCUCAGCAGCAGCAGAUGAUGCGAGGUCCUAGGUGGAACCGGGCCUUGUCCGACCCUUUGUUUGUGGUGCUUCUGGCCCUGCAACUGCUGGUGGUGGCAGGGCUGGUACGUGCUCAGACAUGCCCCUCUGUCUGCUCCUGUAGUAACCAGUUCAGCAAAGUCAUCUGCACCCGACGAGGUUUGCGGGAAGUCCCUGAUGGCAUCUCUACCAACACACGCUACCUGAAUCUGCAAGAAAAUCUCAUUCAGGUCAUAAAGGUGGACAGCUUCAAGCACCUAAGACAUCUGGAGAUCCUGCAGCUGAGCAAAAACCACAUACGCAAAAUUGAACUGGGGGCCUUCAAUGGACUGGCCAGCCUCAAUACCUUGGAGCUUUUUGAUAACCGCCUCACCACUAUCCCAAACGGGGCAUUUGAGUACCUGUCCAAACUAAAGGAGCUUUGGCUGAGGAAUAACCCCAUCGAGAGCAUUCCCUCCUAUGCUUUCAACAGAGUGCCCUCGUUAAGGCGUUUGGACCUUGGGGAGCUCAAACGGCUCUCCUACAUAUCUGAGGGGGCCUUUGAAGGGCUGAGCAACCUGCGCUACUUAAAUCUGGGAAUGUGCAAUCUGAAGGAAAUUCCCAACCUUAUUCCCCUGGUGAAGCUGGAUGAACUGGAGAUGUCGGGGAACCAGCUAGCUGUCAUCCGACCUGGCUCUUUUAAAGGGCUCAUCCAUUUACAGAAGCUAUGGAUGAUGCAUGCCCAGAUCCAGACCAUAGAAAGGAACUCUUUUGAUGACCUGCAGUCACUAGUGGAGCUCAAUCUAGCCCAUAACAAUCUUACCCUCUUGCCCCAUGAUCUCUUCACUCCUUUACAUCACCUGGAGAGGGUGCACUUGCACCACAACCCAUGGAAUUGUAACUGUGACAUCCUCUGGCUAAGCUGGUGGCUUAAGGAGAUGGUGCCAGCAAACACCAGCUGCUGUGCCCGCUGCAGCUCACCAACCCAGCAUAAGGGACGAUACAUUGGCGAGUUGGACCAGAACUACUUUCACUGUUAUGCUCCUGUUAUUGUGGAGCCUCCCGCAGACCUAAAUGUGACAGAGGGAAGCGCUGCAGAGUUGAAAUGCAGAGCCAGCUCUUUGACCUCUGUAAGCUGGAUUACACCCAAUGGUUCCAUCAUGACACACGGUGCUUACAAGAUCAGAAUCUCUGUGCUGAAUGACGGCACUCUGAACUUCACCAAUGUUACCAUGCAGGACACAGGCACAUACACAUGUAUGGUCAGUAAUUCUGCAGGUAACACAACAGCAUCUGCCACACUCAACGUGUCCUCUACAGAGAACAGCAGCUUCAGCUACUUUACCACAGUGACAGUGGAGACCAUAGAAACGCCACAUAAUGAAGGCUUCACCACCGCUGUACAACAGAAGGUGGGCCCCACACCCUCUGCUGGUACAUGGGAAUCGGUUUCACCCACCUCUACAACUACCACCACAGUCCGGAUCCCGCUCUCCACCCGCGCCACAGAGAAGACUUACACAAUCCCCGUCACAGAGCUGGGUGGGGAGGGCUCGCUGAACGGCUUGGAUGAGGUAAUGAAGACGACCAAGAUCAUCAUUGGCUGCUUUGUUGCGAUCACACUCAUGGCAGCGGUCAUGCUAAUCAUCUUCUACAAGAUGCGCAAACAGCACCACCAGCAGAACCACCACGCACCCACACGCACCAUUGAGAUCAUCAAUGUGGACGAGGACUGUGUAACAGGAGGCCCGGGCAUGGAGGGCCACCUGACCCUGCCUCCUCUUGAGCACGAGCACCUCAACCACUAUAACACCUAUAAGACUGCAUACAACCAUGCCUCCACGAUCAACUCCAUACACAGCUCAGCGCACGAACCUUUGUUAAUCCGCGCCAGCUCAAAAGACAAUGUACAAGAGACCCAAAUCUAAUACUUUUUUUUCAAAAUGAGACAUUAUGAAACUGAUGGAAUUACAUAAAGACAUUACUGACAGGACAUAACUGACAAUUGGUUGUGAGAACUAUGGCUCAAACAUGGAGAUACAGACUCGUGUGUUUGGCAAAUCAGUGGCUGGUGAUGUUUAUUCAAUGACUUUGGGAAUUAGGGUAUGUCUACUGUUUCAAAAAGUGUCUUUACAAAACAGAAGUUAUUUAUUUAAGAAAAAAACUAUUGUGGUUAAAUCAAGAAAAAACUAUUCUGCAAUUAUUUUUUCAGCACUUAAUUCAUGUUUUUUUUUCACCUUCCUCUCAUUUCACAGGAUUGGUUUACUAAUAUGCUUUCAAACUCUGUUUGAAGACAUCUGUUGAAGAAAAACUCCUGAAGCAAAUUUUUGUUCUUAUUUGGUAAACUUUGGUAAACUCAGUCUUUGGAUCUGAUGAGAUAGUAAAUAACCUCAUUUCCCCCAUGUAUCAAAGGAAUCUAGUGCAAAUAAGUAAUUUUCUCCAGCUGUAGAUUAAGUGAUGAAAUAUUUUGUGACCAUCUGUAACUGAGAUGAAUUGAACACUUGUUACAGUGAGUGACAGAACUGUCUGACAACAUUUUAUCAUAAUUCACUGUUUAAUUAUAUCUGUCACAUACAUGUUAGGCACUCUCUGCUCUGUCAUCAAUAGACGAGGAAAAUAUUUCCUGCGUUCUGCUGUUGUAAAAGUCGAGGCUCACUAUUAAAAGUGCAUUUUAGUUAAAUUAAAUUCUAUUGAUUAACUAUGAAAAAAACUACAUUUGUUUUUGUGUUCCUCAUGAAUAUGCUAAAUCUUAUCCCUAAUAUCCACUUGUUUCGACUCAAGUUCCCAGAUUCUCUGAGACAUCUUCUGAUUAUUAUAGAGAACAUUCUAUGAAUUGCAUUGAGACCAAUUUACAUUAUGAGGGUUGUGAUACAGGAGCAGCUGCUUCAGAUUCUACAUAAUUGUGAAGAAUGUAGAAUAUCUUAAAUUCUGGCAAAAUCCAUUGCUUUGAAAUGUUUCCAAUGUAUCAUGGCGUCACCUUUACCUUACAGUGCUUUGUAAUGUGGCAUAUGAAGAUGAUUGCUUUGAAGCCACCUUUUUCAUGCUGGGACCCCUUACCUCAUCUGCAAUAUUGCAGGACUGAGUGCUGUCAGAAGCAGACUGAUGAGCUGAAGAAAGAGCUUAAACCCUUUAUACAGCUGUAUGAGCACAUUGCCUGUCAUCUAUGUGCCACAUUUCCACAUGGGCAAUGCCUGGCAGCCCCAGAUUCACACUCUCGCCCCUGCCAACCAUAGGACUUGGCCCUGAGCGGCGGGGCUUAUGCUGCUAGAGGCUUUAGGGGUGAAUGUGUGGGAUCGGGCAUCAACCAGAUGUUUGGGUUGCACCUGCCUCUCUCCCAACCCUUUGAGUCAACACAAUUUCCAUUUUAAUUGAUGUGCCCAUGGGCUUUGGAUGAACACAGCUCUGCAGGCACCCAUACCCUGGAAACUAUUUCAAAGUCCCCACUGUGAAAAAUGGCGGCAGAAAUGCCGAAGUUAGACAGACAUUUAUCAGAUCACACACUUAGGGAGAUGCCCCAUGUUUAUUUUUUAGGAAAUAAAGGCAUUUUGUCCCCCAACAGUAAUAUAUAUAAAAAGGUUAGGCCACUGACAUGCUUAGUUUGCAUUAUAUCAAUGUGUUACAAUUAGGAAAUACAUAGAGUAGAAUUACUCAUAAAAACUCAUGUUAGAGAUAGUGGCAUGCACCUUCUGUGGAGUCACCAUGCCCUCCAUUAACCUUAAAGCUGGAAGUGGUCCUCCAUCUAAAAUUCACAGUAUGUUGUGAGUUAAAAACACUUAUCUUCUAUAGGCUUGAACGUUGUAGGCUUGGAUUACUGGUGGUUACAGUGGAUUUCAAUGGUAGCAAUGGUCGUUUUCACGGUAGAAAUAAAGUAUCAACACUUCCUGAAACUGCUCAAAUUAGCCCUGCUGCAUAAUCAACACCUCUGCUGUCCAUCUGCAGAGUUUACUAUCCCACAUUGGAGAAUAACGACAAACAUACAAAAUGGCAUAAUUAUAAACCUUUUACAGCUACCUUUUCAGCCUACAUGGGUUUA